CAGAGGGAAGCAGAAGUGCUGUGCUGCAGCACGGGGGCCUCGGGGAGAUUUUGGACUCAACCUUCAUUUCCUCUGUGUGGGGCUCAGCGCACAUUCUCGCAGCCGAUGGGGCUCGGCCGUAUCCCGCGGUGAGCACCCAUCCCUGCCGGGCCUGCAGCUCAUCCUCCCCUCGCCACCCCCAGUGUGUCCAGACCCCAAAUCCAGCAGCAGGUGAGCAGACGGAGCACCUGGAUCCCUGUCCUUGGUCUUGGAGCCCCCUGCUUGGGAGGGAUGGGGGACUGGAGCAUGCCCAUCGGCUCGCUGGGCGAGGAAGUGGUGGCCCGGCUGUGUGAGCUGCUGGAUAACGCCGGCCGGGGCUGGCGCAAGCUGGCCGAGCUGGCCGGGGCCGAGAAACGCUUCAAGUGCAGCGCGGAGGAGCUGGAGAUGUGCUCGCUGAAGGUGCUGGAGCCCCGCGGCAGCCCCACGCAGUGCCUGCUGCAGCUCCUGGCCGAGCGCGACUGCACCCUCAGGUACCUGCUGGGCUGCCUGGAGCGCAUGGGGCACGAACAGGCCUGCCGGGUCCUCAGCUCCGCCGUCCAGGACAUGAUCCGCAUCACGGUGCAGCCCGAGUCACAGGUGGUGGCAGAGGGGACACAGGUGUCCCUGACCUGCUGCGCGACUGGCCCACCGGGGCUUACGUACCAAUGGUUCUGUGGGAGGCAGGAGGUGCCUGGAGCCACAUCCCCAGAGCUGCUGAUCAACACGGCCACCCUGGCAGGCCAGCCCGAGUGGUACAUCUGCCGGGUGAACUGCGGGGCCACCUUCACCUUCUCCAGGUGGGCUCACGUCCAGGUGGAGAAGAGCAGCAGCCCCAGCUCAGCCAGUGGCUACUGCCUGACCAUGGCAGGGCUGCAGAUCCUGCAGCAGCCGCGGCCGUGCCGGCUGGCCGAGGGGGACACGCUGGCACUGGAGUGCAGAGCCAUUGGCAACCCCCCACCCCAGUACCAGUGGUUCAGGAACCGGCGCCCCGUGGAAGGGGCACAGGCACCCCAGCUCCAGCCUCCUGCUCUGUCCUGCUGGCAGGUGAAGCUGGUGACAACGGCCGAGCGGGGCAGCUACUGCUGCCGUGUGUUCAACCUCUUCCACGAGGUGUGGAGCCAGGAGGUGGACGUGGAGAUCGUUCUGGGGGCACUGCAGCCCAUGCCGGGAGGUGAUGCCAUGCAUGGGGUCCCUGACAUCCCCUCUGCCACAGGCCCGCGUCUCUUCACCUCUGGAGGCUCCUGGCCGGAGGGGGAUGGAGGCUCCCUAGAGCAUGGCAGCCCUGGACAGCUGUACGCCACGGACAAAGUGGCGCUGCUGAUCGGCAACAUGCACUACCUGCACCACAAGCAGCUGCAGGCGCCCAUAGUGGAUGUUCACGCCCUCGGUGCCCUCCUCCGCCAGCUCGACUUCAAGGUGGUGUCACUGCUGGACCUGCGCAAGGCCGAGAUGCAGAUGGCCGUCGAUGAGUUCCUCCUCCUCCUUGACAAGGGCGUCUACGGUGCGACAACACCCGCCAGGGCGGCUCCAGCCCAGGGGGAACUGGGUGGUUUUAUGCUGGUGGAGUCUUGGGGUGCAGCCAGGCAAGGAGCAGGUGCUGGCAGGUCAGGGGAUGCCACCAUGUCACCACCAUGUCACCUGCCCUCUGUUCCCCCAGCAGGUUUACUCUACUAUGCUGGGCAUGGCUAUGAAAAUUUUGGCAACAGCUUCAUGGUGCCCAUUGACGCACCCAGCGCCUACACAUCCGAGCACUGCCUGUGCGUGCAGCGGGUGCUGCGGGAGAUGCAGCAGCGCCGCACCGGCCUCAACAUCUUCCUGCUUGACAUGUGCCGCAAGAGGAACCUCAACGACGACGUCAUCCCGCAGGUUGGGGUGCUGGAGGUCACGGCCAACAUCGUCUUUGGCUAUGCCACGUGCGCGGAUGCCGAAGCCUAUGAGCUGAGCCAGGGUGAGCUCUCCAACGGCAUCUUCGUCACCUUCCUCAAGCGCUGGCUGAUGGAGGAUGAGAAGAUCACGGUGCUGCUGGACAAGGUGGCCGAGGACAUGGGCACUCUGGAGAUCACGCGGGGACGGCAGGCACUGGAGCUUCGCAGCAACCUCUCAGAGAGACGGGCUCUGACAGACCCCAUCCGCCCCCCGGGCCAGGAUGAGUCCUCUGCCAGGAACCUGCAGUGGGCCAAGGCUCACGUCCUGCCAGAGAGCCGGCACCUUCGCUUCAACUGCGGUGUCAGCGUCCAGCUGGGCUUCGCCGCCGAGUUCUCCAACAUCAUGAUCAUCUACACGCGUGUGGUGGCUGCCCCCAAGGACAUCACCAACUGUGAGGCCCGGCUCACGGAUAUUCCUGAGGAGCUGGAUGUGGACCUCAAGUGCACCAACAAGGAGAGCCCAGAGGAGGUGGGCAGCCCGCUGGCACCUGUCUGGAGCCUCGGCUGCCCCUCCUGCUGCCUCUACAGCCGGAUCUGUGGCUUGCAGAAGCUGCAGCAGGAGCUGGCCUUCACCAUCUGCCUGCAGUAUCGCUACCAGGGCAUGGAUGACUUUGUGGAGGAGCGGCAGCGGGUGAACGUGGGGCGGCCACUCAUUGCCAAGCUCAACCUGCAGCGGGCGGCCUCCCCCUCGCCGCCCCACAGCCCCCUCUUCUCCUCUCCCCCCAGGAGCUGGGGGGUGGUGGGGAGCUUGUGGGUCAACACCCCUGAGGAGAACCUGAGCCCCGAGGGCCCCAGCUCCCACACCCUGUAGAGGGACAGUGUGGCCCCCUCCCCCAUCACUGCAGUGCCCUGGCACCAUGUCUGUCUGUCCUGCCGGGGGCCAGGGGAUGGAGGGGGUGGAGGUGAUGUGCACAGAGGCUGAGCUCCAUCCUGGCCUGUGCCAAGGACUGUUGGCCCCAGCCACACGUCCUCUGGCAUGGCCGUGCCACCCCCACAUCCCCCGGCAGUGCCAGUCCCACGUCCCUGGGCAGUGCCAGCCCCACAUGCCAGGCCACCGCCGGGCAGUGCCAGGGGCAGAGUGCCCAGAGACCACGGCUGAGCGGGCUCGAGGUGUCGUGCCGGGGCAGGGCUAGGUUCGUUCAGGCCCGGGAGAAAUAGAGAGAAAUAAGCAGCUUAGGGGGCAAAUCCCGCGGGAGGAGAUUAGAGGGGGUGGGAGCGGGAGGGCUCCUGUUCGGCCACGAGGGGGUGGGAGCACCCCCCGGUGCCCCCCCGCUCCCAGUAGCAUCCACUCCUCACAGUACAACCCCAGCAACCGGCCCCAUCUGGGCAGUGAACGAUUUCAGGACAGGAUUGGGAUCUAAGGGGAAAAAAAUGAUUUUUUUGCUUGGAUUUUUCCCACACAAACCCCCGCAUGCUGGGGCAGUCUCCAGUGGGUAUCCACCGGGGAAAGCACCAAUAAAGCGGUCCGGCCAGGCGGCUCGGCGCUUCUGCGCCCUC